GACUUUUCAACCCAGACCCAGAUUGAAUCGGUACAGUUUCAAUUAGUUACAAAGAUUGCACAAUGGAGUGGAGAACACAGUGGUUGUGUUUGUUACCGUUUUAAGCUACGUUAUACGAGAAGUUGCUGAUCUUUAUUUUUGUGAAGCAUGAGCAGAAACCCGACGUAGCUCAUCACCAACAAGACUGUGUUUAUCAAGACGACUCUGAAAAGAAUAAUAAUAAUAAUAAUAAUAAUAAUAAUAAUAAUAAUAAUAAUAAUAAUAAUAAUAAUAAUAGGAAAAAAACUGCAAAACCAUGGGCCGUUUGUCUUUUUAAAUUACCAGCAAAGCAACAGCAGACACAUUGGAUGGGAGGAGAAAGGAUGCAAGCUUUGGUUUGGAGAACACACAACCCGCCCUGGAAUAAUCGCACAUGAAUACAUUUCACCCAGUUUUCGUGAUGAAAGUAUUACGCAGAAAGAGGAUUGUUUUAUUUAUCGCCUACAUUUUACUUCUGAUUUUAACCAUGCUGAACCUGGCUAACUAUAAAUGGACUAAAGAGCCACAGCAAUGCAAUCACCAGAUGAGAAGCACUCCCUACCAGAGCCGGUCAGAUAUCCGUUAUUUAUACAGAUCCUCCAUGCCUAAAAAGAGACAGCUCGUGUACGUUCUCACCACCUGGAGAUCCGGAUCAUCUUUUUUCGGUGAGUUGUUUAACCAAAAUCCCGAAGUGUUCUUUUUCUAUGAACCGAUGUGGCACAUCUGGCAGAAGCUGUACCCGGGGGACGCUGUGUCUCUCCAAGGCGCUGCUAGGGACAUGCUGAGCUCCUUAUACCGGUGUGAUCUUUCUGUUUUCCAGCUUUACAACUCGCCAGGAGGCAAAAAUGUAACUUCUCUUGGGUUAUUUGGGGCAACACUAAACAAAGUGAGCUGUUCCUAUCCUCUUUGUUCAGCAUAUAGGAAAGAUGUGGUGGGUAUGGUGGAUGAUAAAGUGUGUAAGAAAUGCCCCCCACAAAGCCUGAGGCUGCUGGAAGAAGAAUGUCUUAAGUACAGUACUGUUGUGAUUAAAGGGGUUCGCAUUUUGGACAUCAACGUUUUAGCUCCAUUGAUGGAGGACCCGUCUUUAGACGUGAAAGUUAUACACUUAGUCAGAGAUCCCAGGGCGGUGGCGAAUUCCCGAAUUAAAUCGAGGCACGGCUUGAUUAGAGAAAACUUGCAGGUUGUGAGAAGCAGGGACCCGAAACUUCGCAGGAUACAAUUUGUGGACCCAAACCACAAAAUGAACAAAAAAGAUGGUUCUGAUUACCAUUCCAUUGGGGCAAUGGAGGUGAUAUGUGACCGGACCACCAAGACUCUCCGAACUGCCCUAAACCCGCCCAGUUGGCUUAAGGGGAAAUACGCGGUGGUACGUUAUGAAGAUUUAGUUGAAGAUCCUGUAAAAACUGUAAGAGGUGUGUAUCGCUUUGCAAACCUCUCUGCUAGUCACGAUAUCGAGUCUUUUGCACUUAACAUGACUAGUGGGUCUAGCUCUUCCUCCAAACCUUUCAUUGUCUCCUCCAGGAAUGCGACACAAGCAGCUAGUGCUUGGAGGACAGUGCUAAGUUAUCAACAGAUUAAACAAGUGGAAGAUUAUUGUCAUCAUGCCAUGACGUUCCUAGGGUACGAACGUGUUAAAACCGCUGCAGAAGUAAAGGAUUUGAGCAAGUCUCUACUGACAGUUCCCAAACUAUGAGGAUGUUAUCACCAAAGACCAUAACAAUGUACGUCAUUUUAAUCGGUGUUUAAAGGCGUUCACAGCUCAUACUGAGCAAAUGUAUCUUAUUUUAUUAUCAUUAUUUUUUAAUAAUAAAAAAGAUGAUGCAGUGUAAUGGGUCGAGACCACUGAACGUUUUAAUAAAAAAAUGAUGUUUAAAAGAUAA